UACGGAAGCCGCGUGGUUCCGAUUGCUCUGUUUGUUUCGCUUCCUCUCCGCCAGGUUCCUCCCCGACCCGAGCACGGAGUCAAGUUGAAAACACUCGGGGAGAGAAAAGAGGGCAAACUGUAGCGUGAUAAAAGUUGGCUGCUUUUUCGCAGCGGCGAGGGCUGUCGUGAAAUCUCAGCGUCAAAUCUGGGCUUUAAACGGACUGAAAACAAACAGACACGGGGCGGAGUUUCGGUAGUUUUGGCCGGAGUGUGGUUGAGUUUUGCGGUUGACUGCAACCGGUCGAGGUGAGUGUAGAUGUGUGACAGCGGAGCGUGUGAGGAUAAGCCCCCCGCCCCCCCUGUCAGGAUGAGCAGCCAAGGAGGAGUCAAAGACGCCCAAUCAACCAAUCACAACUCUCGGCCACUUCCGUCUGCACCAGAGGAGAAGAAGCCUAGAAACAAGAUCAUCUCCAUCUUUGGAGAGAAAGCAGGCAAGAAAAAGGACCGGGAUAAGGACAGACCUGAAAUCUCCUCCCCAUCAGACUUUGAACACACCAUCCAUGUGGGUUUUGAUGCUGUUACUGGAGAAUUCACGGGCAUGCCAGAGCAGUGGGCCCGUCUCCUUCAAACUUCCAACAUCAGUAAAUCAGAACAGAAACAAAAUCCUCAGGCCGUCCUUGAUGUUCUCAAGUUCUACGACUCCACCAGUGGAAAACAGAAAUACCUCAGUUUUUCUGGUGCGGACAAAGGAUCACAGUCGCCAGGCAAGCAGGGUACUGCAACCUCCCCAUCAGGCAAGGAUGACGACGACGAUGAAGAUGAUGCGCCGCCACCAAUCGUGGCACCACGGCCGGAACACACGAAAUCGAUGUAUACGAAGACGGUUGAACCAAUCCCAGCUCCAGAUGGAAAUGCCACCUCUAAGGCAGCUGACAAGCAGAACAAUAGGCCAAGCAAGAUGAGUGAUGAUGAAAUCAUGGAAAAACUAAGAACGAUUGUGAGCAUUGGAGAUCCUAAGAAGAAAUACACUCGCUAUGAAAAGAUCGGUCAGGGAGCGUCUGGCACAGUUUACACAGCCAUCGAUGUUGCCACAGGGCAAGAGGUUGCCAUCAAACAGAUCAACUUGCAGAAGCAGCCAAAGAAGGAGCUAAUUAUCAAUGAGAUCCUGGUCAUGAAGGAGCUGAAGAACCCCAACAUUGUCAACUUCGUAGACAGUUUCCUUGUUGGAGACGAGCUUUUCGUGGUAAUGGAAUACCUGGCUGGCGGGUCGCUAACUGAUGUUGUGACAGAGACAUGUAUGGAUGAAGCUCAGAUUGCUGCUGUCUGCAGAGAGGUCCUUCAGGCCCUGGAGUUUCUCCAUGCAAACCAGGUCAUCCACAGAGACAUCAAGAGUGACAACGUUCUCCUUGGGAUGGACGGAUCAGUCAAACUCACUGACUUCGGUUUCUGUGCUCAGAUUACUCCAGAGCAGAGCAAGCGCAGCACCAUGGUGGGUACACCCUACUGGAUGGCUCCAGAGGUAGUAACCCGGAAAGCCUAUGGACCCAAAGUGGAUAUUUGGUCUCUGGGGAUUAUGGCCAUAGAGAUGGUGGAGGGAGAGCCUCCAUACCUAAAUGAAAAUCCUCUCAGGGCAUUGUAUUUAAUCGCCACCAAUGGGACCCCUGAGCUACAGAACCCAGAGAAGCUGUCUCCUGUGUUCAGAUCUUUCCUUAACCUUUGCCUGGAGAUGGACGUGGAGAAGCGAGGGUCAGGCAGACAGCUGCUGCAGCAUCCAUUCCUGAAGAUGGCGAAGCCUCUAUCCAGCCUCACCCCGCUAAUCCUGGCAGCCAAGGAAGCCAUCAGGAGCAAUCGCUAAAUCCUGGCCUGCAAAGACUCCAAGCCAGCAUCUCCUGCUGGUCCACAUAUGACGACUAUCUGCAGUCUGUUAGUGUUAAUGAUUUUUUUUUCCAAAAGGGCAUAAAAUGCUGCUCCACUCUUCCCGGUGUUUCCACACAGAUAUUUAUCUUACCUUUGUGCCUUGUUCUAAAGCUGCAUAUAGCCAUAAUAUGUUAUCCAUUUGUUUUGUGUUUGUAUGUAUGUGAUGUUGAAACUUGUUAUCUUGUUGAAACCGAUGCAUUAUCAUUAAUUAGACACCGAGGGCCAUAUUCAUAAAGAAUCUUGGUUUAGGACUUGUUCUAUUAAAAAGCCCAGAACAGAACAGAGGUGAAACUUACGCUUAAUUAAUAAAAUCGCUAUCUUUACAUUGAUCUUUUUAUUUGUGAACACUGUGUCAGUAAAGUGACAUAUCCUAAUUAAAAUGGAAAGAAAUGCCAGGAGCUUCAAGUUUAAAUUCUUUUCUUCUCUUUAGAUCACAGUGUUAUGACAGGAGCACAACAUGGUCUUGUUUAUCAUUCUACCAUGUGACCAUGCAGCUGGUUUCUGUGGUUAUUUCUGCUGUGGUUACACAUGUGCGUUCUGACUAACUGGAUCCAAAACUUUUAAAUGUGACAUUAAAAACCAUGGUGUGCUAAAACUGUGCUGUACUGUGGCCGAGGAUGGGACAAUGCAGUCUUUAUGGAGUGAAAAACAAGGCCAGUGUACUGUAUCUGAAUGAAAAUCUUGCCAUUCCAGUAAAGUCGGAUCUUUGUUAUAUAUUUUUGUUUGCAGUCUGCUUUUUUUAAUUAUCUAAAUUGGAAGAUGAAAAAUGUUCACCUUCAUGUUUUGGCCCUCUGUUGGUAGUUGGGGGUGUUGCAGGCACCAAACACACACACACCUCUGCCAUGAAAACAUCCUUGAAAGAUUUCCUGCAGUUUAUGGAUCUGAACACUGUCUACUGCUUGACCAAUACUUUUUAGCUUAUCACUCCAGCCACACUUUUUCUCAGAGAGCUUUCUCAUCAUUUUUUCUUUGUUUCUCUUUGUCUUUUCUAAUGGAUGCCUUAUUGUUGGUAUCAGUGCAACAUAAAUGCUGUAUGCAGUUGUUUGACAGCGUUAAACUGGAGGAUUUCUUUUUUACAUUUUGUAUAUUUGUGUAGUGUCUUGUAUUUUGAACGGCUUUUAGUAUGUACAUUGUUUUAUAUUUGUAACUAACAUGACAGAAGAGCAUUUCAGUUUUUUUUCCCAGAUUUUUUUUCGUGUUUACCAACUCAUCAUUGGUUUCCUGAACUGUGCAAUUAUGAACUCAGAAAUUGGUAACACUUUAUAAUACGGCCCACGAUUUAAAGGUGGCAUUCACCUGUAAUUAAAAAGAAUUUUAGUGUGGUUUUUUUUUAUUUGAAAUGACAAUAUAAUUCUAUUUACCUAAAAAUACUGGGCCCAGAUAGCUUGGUACGUUAGAAUAAGGGGGUAACCAGUCAGAAUUUUACAAGAAACAAAGAAAUGAUUAAAUAAUUAAAUUUAGGUAGUGUGCAAUUUGACAAACAGUGAUUCCCCAUCGUACUUUUCAGGGUGUGGGCCGUAUUAUAGAGUGGGUUAAUCUUGCCUUUUUACAUCCUUAUUUAAUAUUCGUUAUGUUGAUGUUGCAUGAUGGAUGUUCUAUUAUCCUUUUGUUUUACCAACAUACAUGUGAUGAGAACUGUUCUCCCUUACCAACUUGCAAGAAAAAAUAAAUACCAUCAAUAAUUGCAGGCUUAUGUAAGCUC